UGCUCAGUCAAUGAACGUUGUGUGUGCUUAUUGAUGCCAGCAUAAUGCCGGUCGUUUGACGUUUACAUGACCUUUGUCUGGCGUGGACGCUCGUCACGCCUUCACAUAUGGCAUGUCGUGAUGCGUAAGACGAGCGGGGUAUGAGAAUCUAGGCAAACUUUAACUUGUUUCUUGAGGGGUACUUGGAACACCAAGACAUUUUGGUAUUGGUGUUGGUGUUUGAGAUGAAGAAGUACAGAUCCAAUGUGUGAAGGCAGUCCCGACAACUCGGCCACUGCCUUAGCGCGGCGCGUCAUACCGCCGCCUGCACCUCGAACUUUCUCGCGACCAGCUGUCGACUCAACAAUAACCGAAGUUACUGUGCUUGACGUACAAGACGACAAUGGAUUUCUCCGCAGACGAUGAACAAGCUCCCAAGCAAUACCUCCCAAGUGAGUUUGGGAAGAAGGAUGGCUCCGUAAACGUAGAGGCGCAAAUCGAGCGCGCCCGAAGGCCAGUGGUCGAUGAAAGCAAACAGGCGAAGAAAGAGGCCGGUUCCGACGACGACGACAAGGAUUCCGACGACGAUGACAGUGAUAUGAGCGAUGAGGAGGACGAGUAUCCAGUUUCUCACGAAUUGAUCAUCAAGACCCACGACCGCGCAGUCACGACGAUUGCGCUCGAUGCAUCUGGAACACGGCUGGUGACCGGAGGAAACGACUGCACACUCAAGUUGCACGACCUUAGUGCGCUCACGCCGAGUACCAUCCGCGCAUUCAAGACGGUAGAUCCCUUUACAACAAAACCCUCUCAAACCGCAGAAUCGCAUUCGAUACAUCAAGUCUUGUUCGGCCCACACUCUGGAGGCCAAUUCCUAUGCAUUACCGCGACUUCACAAGCAAGACUUUUCAGCAGGGAUGGAGAACUUAUAUCGGAGUUCGUCAAGGGCGACAUGUACUUGAGAGACAAGCACAACACAAAAGGACACACAGCCGAAAUCACGAGCGGCGCAUGGCAUCCAACGAAUCGCGAUCGUUUUGCUACAGCAGGCACAGACAGUACAGUGCGGAUAUGGGACGUGAACAAGAGGAUGAAGCAGGAAGAAGUUAUCGUACACAAAUCGAGAGCUUCCGGUAGCGCAGGCAUGACAAGGAUGACGGCCAUCGCAUGGGGUGCGGCGGCCGAGGGAGGAAGCAGUAUGCUUGUGUCAGCAGCACUAGACGGAAGUCUGGUCAUGUGGGGUGGUGAAGGUCCAUACCACCGACCAACAGCAGAAAUUAAAGAAGCCCAUGCGAGGGAUACUUGGACAAGUGGGCUGGAUAUCAGCGCAGAUGGCAGGCUGGUCAUUACAAGAGGAGGAGACGACACGAUCAAGUUGUGGGAUACCAGGAAGUUCAAGACGCCUCUUAACACCACAUCACAUCCGUCAACGUCUUCGCAAUAUCCGACAUCGAACAUUAAGUUUGCGCCCAACUCGCAGAGCAUAGUCACAGGAUCAGAGACUGGCCACCUCCACAUCCUCAACCCUGCAACUCUUCGCCCAGAGCUUGUAACACCAGUAACUCCAGGGUCUCCUUUAAUCACAGUCAACUGGCAUCCCAGGCUCAACCAGAUUCUCACAGGUUCAGCCAACGGUCAGACAACAAUCCUCUUCAAUCCCAAGCUCUCCAGCGCUGGCGCUCUCACAAUCCUCAGCAAGGCACCUAAGAAGCGGCAUCUCGAUGAUGACCCAUCUCUCACUGUAGAUAUGGAUCCUCUCGGAAUGGCUGGUGAAGCACAUGAUCCUUCUGGCAACGCAGCCUCAUUCUCAGCGCGCCAUCCCACGAUCGGUCUCACAGCAUCCGGCAAAAGCAGGGAUCCACGGAGACCGCAUAUCCCAGCUACGACGCCUUUUGCAAAGUCAACGCCUGAUCAGAAGUAUGUCAUGGAGCAGAUCGAAGGCAGUGAUAUGAGAGACGAGGACCCUCGGGAGGCGCUACUCAAGUAUGCGCUGAAAGAGGGAGAGAAGGCUGUCUUUACAGGUGCGUGGGAAAAGACUCAACCAGUUGGAAUCUACAAGGAUUACGACAGUGAAGAGGAUGAGAGGGAGAAGAAGAAGGCAAGGCGAUAGUCAAAGCGGGAUGAAGCCCACUGGAUGAGAGACUUUGAGGAACAUGGGCUGUCCACAAGAGGCGUUUGGAUCACAAAAGCAUAUACCCUGUAACAAAAGAGACUAUAGACUAGUUAGGUUUCUCUAAUAAGCAGAUGAUGACCAAUGGCAGACGAAAGGGAGAUGAUGUGCAGUUGAACGGCAGAGACGCACGUGUGAGCGUCCCUUAGCGUCCAAGCCCAACUUGGCCCAAACCGC